ACAGGGCUCCUGGGAAUAGAGCUGUCCCACUAUCCCUGAUGAGCACAGGAAGUAGCUCCCUCUCCCAGACAGAGUGGGGGGAGUGGGGGUCAAAUCCAUGAAUGUCCAGUUCCCAUCAAAGCCCCCCUCUCCCAGGGGAUGGCUGGGAUAGAAGGGUAACCGCAGGCUCCCCUGGGAUUUCCCUAUGUGAGGGCAGAGACAGACACAACGUCUGAGGCAGAGGUGAAUGGACAGGUGUGUUUCUUAGGGACUCGGCUAAAAGGUGGCAAGAAGCUGGCAGCAGCCCUCAAGAGGGUCCUGGCACCAUGGACAAUGAUGAUGAGCCUCUUGAGUCCGAGACAAAAGAUGAGACUGAAAACGUGCCAGCUCCACAGAGCAGCGAAGAAGCCCUCUACUGUGAGGCCGAAACCCUGCUGACUGUCGAAAAAGAGAAACCAGGCCGGGAGAGUUCAGAAACAGACCUAGAGAUUGAAGAUACUGAGAAGUUUUUCACCACUGGACAGAAGGAGCUAUACCUGGAAGCCUGCAAACUGGUGGGCACCGUGCCUGUCUCCUACUUCAUCCGGAACAUGGAGGAGCCCUACAUGAACCUCAACCACCAUGGCCUGGGACCCAAGGGCACCAAGGCUAUUGCCAUAGCCCUGGUGUCCAACACAGCUAUUAUUAAGCUGGAACUGGAAGACAACGACAUUAUGGAUGACGGUGUCCUGAGCCUGGUGCAGAUGCUGCAGGAGAACUACUACCUCCAGGAGAUGAAUAUUUCCAACAAUAACCUUGGCUUGGAGGGGGCCAGAAUCAUCUCCGAGUUCCUCCAGAGAGAUGCCUCUUCCAUCUGGAACCUUGAGCUUUCAGGGAAUAACCUCAAGGAAGAAUCCGCAGAGCUGCUCUGCCAAGCCCUGUCGACCAAUUACCGAAUUAAGAAGCUGAAUCUCAGUCACAACCAAUUCUCUGACAUAGGAGGAGAACACCUGGGGCAGAUGCUGGCCAUCAAUGUAGGGCUCACAUCGCUGGAUCUGAGCUGGAAUCACUUCCACAUACGGGGAGCUAUGGCCCUGUGCAAUGGUCUCCGGGCUAACUUGACCCUGAAGAAGCUGGAUCUCUCCAUGAAUGGCUUUGGGAACGAAGGGGCCCUGGCCCUGGGGGACGUCCUCAGACUCAACAGCUCGCUGGUCUACCUAGAUGUUGGCAGCAAUGGCAUCGGCAAUGAUGGAGCCUCCAAAAUCAGCAGAGGACUGGAAUCCAAUGAAACCCUCAAAGUCCUGAAGCUUUUCCUGAAUCCUAUUAGUAUGGAUGGGGCUCUUUUACUUAUCCUGUCCAUCAAGAGGAACCCCAAAUCCGGGAUGGAAGAGCUUGACAUUUCCAAUGUGCUGGUGACCGAGCAGUUCAUUAAAACACUGGAUGGGGUAUAUGCUCUUCACCCGCAGCUGGAUGUGACCUACAAGGCGGUGCUUGGCCUCACUACCAAGAAAACCUUCUUAUUGUGGACAAACCCCAUGAAACUGAUCCAGAGCUACGCAGACCAGCAGAAAAUCACGGUGGUGGACUUCUUCAAGAGCUUGAACCCUGCUGGGACAAUGAAGAUGCCUGUGGGCGAGUUCCGGAAAAUUAUGGUGCAGCAAAACAAGGUCCCUCUGAACCGGUACCAAGUCAGAGAGGUGAUAAAGAGGCUGGAUGAGAAGACAGGCAAGGUGAACUUCAGUUCACCCUCCUUCUCAUCUUCAAGCCACUUGUUGAGUAAAGCUCGAGCCCCUGUCACAUGCUGCCAGCUGCUGGGCCAGAUGCUAGGCACACUGGCAGAGGAGCCCGCCACUCACACCCCUGUGGAAGGCGACACCAGGAAUGCACAGUCAGGGCCUCCCAGGGUGCAGGACUCCACUUUCCCCACCAGGCCUGGUCCCCAUGGUCUUGUGCCUGCCUGGCCUGUGUCCUUAAGGAGCUCCAGCAGAGGAGGCCCCCAUCCGGCCCUGCCCCCCCAGCCUUCCCCCAAUAACAGGGACAGGCAGGACAGCCUGACGCAGCCACAAACCCUGUCCACUUACAACAAGGGUGCAGCUGUGCCGGGCUCUCAGUCUCCCUCACCUUCCACAUGGGGAAAAAUGGCUUUAAUGAGUAACAGAAGGCCCCCCACCAAGAGCCCUGGGAUUGGCACAAGACGGGCAGCUGAGAAGAGCCCCAGGACCCCUAGGACCCAGCCGCCACCACCAUCCCUCCCCUCCCUGGGUCAGCUGGGCUGGGUGAUACUGCUCAGCCCAGGCCCCAAUCGUCCCCACCAGUGUUCUGAGGAAGACGAAGUACCUGGCAAGGCCUCCCCUCAGCAUGGCCAGCGUGGAAUGUGUGCUUCCAGGAGAGAGGGAACAGAACUGACCUCAACAGCCAGCAGGGAAGGUCGGGAAGAGGGACCCUCGGCUGCCUUUUCCCCCUUGGGGGAAGAUGAGGGGCAGGCAGAAGAGCUCCUCCAGCCAGAACUGGCCCUCCAAGAGGAGGCUGCAGCUCUGGCAGGGACGGAGAGGAGUGUGGGGAGGAGGGCAGUGGGGGUGAGGCCUGGAGCCAAGAGAAAGGCUGUUCGGGGCCUCAGCCUGCUGGGCCAGCCCAGGCCCGCUCUGGCCUCUGGUCUUCAGCCACUGGUCCACGGUCAGGCAGUGCCAGGAAACGAGCUGGCAGGAGGCAAGCGGGCACUGGGUCCUGGGCCAGUGCUGGAGAGGAUCCAGCUCCAAAGAAGAGAGAGGAAAGAGGACCCCACCCUGGUAGGGGAGCCUGUGGGGGCUGAGGACAAAGCCCCUCAGCUAGCUCUGGAGGACACCUCUGCCAGCUGCCCGCCUGACCAGACAAGCCUCCACCAGCAUGGCCCUGGCCUGGCCCUCUGA